AUGAUCGUCGCCGGACCUCAUAACCUCUAUACCCUUGCAGAGGGUGCUCCCCUCCCUCGAAAUGACACCAGUGUCCAGGUCCGCAACAAGCAGGGUGGCGGUCUCGUUCUUCUCCAAGACACCCAGUUGAUCGAGACACUUGCCCACUUCUCGCGCGAGAGAAUUCCGGAAAGAGUCGUGCAUGCUAAAGCAGCUGGUGCUCGGGGUUAUUUCCAAGUCACCCACGACAUCUCCGACAUCACUGACGCAGACUUUCUCAAUGGAAUCGGCAAAAAGACAGAGGUCUUGACUCGAAUCUCGACCGUUGGGCCCGAGGCUGGUUCCGCCGACACCAUUCGUGACUUUCAUGGUUGGGCUAUCAAGUUCAAGACUGCAGAAGGAAACAAUGACUGGGUGUUCAACAACCAACCCGUCUUCUUCGUUCGAGACCCCAUCAAGUUCCCCUCGCUCAACCGCUCUCACAAGAGACAUCCUGCUACGCACACCUCUGAUGCAGACAUGUUCUGGGACUUUCACGUCGGCUCCCCCGAGUCCAUCCAUGCCUUGAUGUUCCUCUUCAGUGACCGCGGCACUCCUGCGUCUUUGCGCUCCAUCAACGGUUACAGUGGUCACACCUACAAGUUUACGAAGAAGGAUGGCUCCUACCAUUAUGUCAAAAUCCAUAUCCACGCUGACGGAGGCAUCAAGAACUUCACAAACGACGAAGCUAUCAAAGUCGCUGGCGAGAGCCCUGACUUUUUGACCAAUGAUCUUUUCAACGAGAUUGAAAAGGGUAACUAUCCCUCUUACACAGUGUCCAUUCAAACUAUCCAUCCUGCCGAUGUGGCCAUGUGUCCAGUCAACAUUUUUGAUAUGACCAAGGUGUUGCCUCAUGAGCAAUAUCCCCUCCGGCCCGUGGGCAAGCUAGUCUUUGACACCAAUCCUACCAACUACUUCGCCGAGAUUGAGCAAGCCGCCUUUACACCAUCGAAUAUAGUCCCUGGUAUUGAGCCCAGCGCCGAUCCCAUGCUGCAGGCUCGGAUGUUCGCCUAUCCCGACGCCGCCCGCUACCGACUCGGCGUCAACUACCAAAUGCUACCCACCAAUGCUGCCAAGGUGCCGAUCUACGUCCCGACUGAGCGCGAUGGUUUCAUGAACUUUAGCACCAACUACGGUCCUGACCCGAACUACAUCAACAGCUCCAUUCAUCCCACGGGCUUCCACACCGCAGGCGUAUCAGAGUACAAGCCGACUGAGGAGUUUCUGAGUGGACCCGUCGUGUUCACUUCUGAUGUGACCGACGACGACUUCAAGCAGGCCCGCGCCUUGUGGACCAAAGUCAUGGCCAAGCAGGAGGGUGCGCAGGAGAACUUCAUCUCCAACAUCGCCGGCAACAUUGCUGGGGUUAAGAGAGACUGGCUCCGCGAGAAGGUCUUUGAUGAGUCCCUGGGCAAACGCAUCGAGGAGGCUGUCAACAAGAUUGUCAAAGCAUGA